AAUCGAGUCCGACAGAUGGCUGUAGCUCACGUGGAAGAAGCAGAAACAAAUGAAAGGGAUGAUAACUUUAAGCCUGUUUUCAAAUAUUAUAAAAUGAAAAAACCUAAACCUAGCUUAAAGGAUGUUUUAGACUUUGACAAUGAGUGUAAUAUUGAAGAAUGGGAGAAAAUUCAUCUUUGUGGGAGCGAUAAUAUAAGUUAUUUAGGAUUUCAAUCCUCAAACUGGGUUGCAUGGAAAAAUCAAUCGAUUCCAGGCCUGAUAUUUAUAAAUAAUCCUUUUACAUCUAUUGGACAAAGUGAAUGGAUCACUCGAUGCAUACAAGAUUUCCCAGAAAAACCAAAUAAAACCAAUUUAGAUGCCCAUUAUGCUGUACCCUCCAUGAUUUACAAAACUGAACUUUUUAGAAAAUUGAGAUGGGCCACUCUAGGUUAUCAUCACGACUGGGAUACAAAAGUCUAUAUAAAAGAAUCGUAUACUCCCAUCCCAAAAAUCAUGGAUGAUCUAACAAAAGUAAUAAUUUCAGCGAUAGAAUAUAAAUCUAGCUAUCAAGCUGAAGCAGCGAUUGUUAACUACUAUCAUUUAGAUUCAACCCUUGCUGCUCAUAUAGAUCAUUCCGAGUACGAUAAAAAAGCUCCUCUCAUCUCUAUAAGCUUUGGUCAACCUGCAAUUUUCCUCCUUGGUGGAACAACGAAAAAGAUCAAGCCUAUAGGAAUUUUUCUCAGAAGUGGAGACAUUCUGAUAACGCAAGAUGAUUGCAGGCAGGCUUAUCAUGCAGUACCAAAAGUAUUUUACAACAAAGAAACUUCCAUAAGAUAUCAAGAAUUAGGAGCUUAUUCGAAAGAAUACUUAGAAGAUUCAAGAAUUAAUAUGAAUAUACGUCAAGUUUGCGAACCCGGAAAAGGUUUUCCAGACUAG